AUGUCCUCCCUCUCGGCUGAAGAUGAAGACAUCUUCGAGCGCUUGCAACAGCGCAAGGACCCGCAGGUACUGGAAGAGCAGCAGCAAGCCGUGAAUGAGCGGACCCAGGCCAUUCUCCAGAAGGCUCAAUCUCGCCUUUCAGAAUUGCUUGACCAAAAUUCGACCCUGCCCUGCGCUAUCUCGUCCGUCCAGGUUACCAGUGCACCUAACACUCGCCGAAGCUUCCUCGAGCGCAUCGUCAACCCUCUUCUGAGCGAGAACAAGGAUCGGCCCUAUACUCUCUCCGAAGCAUUGCGGGAGAUCUCGGCAACGGCCGACAAGCUCGGGCGGUUUGACCUCUUCCAGCAACCUAUCUCCGUUCACUUGGAUCAAUCGAAGACCAACCAGGCCACCGGACUGCGCGAUAUUGAUGUGAUUCUAGCUACCCGGGAGAAAUCCCGCGUCCUGUUAAAGACCGGAACUGACCUUGGGAACGCUGAGGGCUCUGCCUAUGGUAACCUUCUUUGGCGCAAUGUUUUCGGUGGCGCCGAGACGCUGAACCUCAAUGCUUCUCUGGGUACUCGUACUCGGUCCGCCUACCAGGCCGCAUUCGAAACGCCUAUCUUCUGUGACCCUGACUUCCGUCUGGAGAUCGGAGGUAUUGCAAGCGCCACGCAGAAGACUUGGGCUAGUCACGAGGAGGUUCUCAAAGGAGGUUGGAGCAAGCUCCGCUGGUUGUCCCAGUCUGGACACCGCCAUGAACUUGGCUACAAUGGUUUCUGGAGACAGACUACUGGCCUUGCUGAGAAUGCCUCUCCUACCAUUCGUGCGGAUGCAGGUGACAGCGUGAAGAGUAGUAUUUUCCACAGCUGGGUCAAUGAUCAGCGGGACCACCCCAUGCUGCCUUCUCGUGGGUACUACGCGAAGGUCUUCAACGAAGUUGCUGGCUGGGGCCCUUUGAAAGGCGAUGUUUCUUUCUGGAAGUCUGAGAUCGAGACUCAGGGUGCUAUCCCCAUCUCGAUCCCUGGUAUCAAGGGUGACAGUGGCGUGAGCCUCACCACUGGAUUCCGUGCUGGUCUUUUGUACCCUCUUGGACUGGACUCGGAUUCACGCCCUCAGCUGUCCCGCGUCAAUGACCGCUUCCUUCUUGGGGGGCCAACAGAUGUCCGUGGGUUCCGUCUGUGUGGCCUUGGCCCCCGUGAAGGACCCGACGCACUUGGCGGUGACGUCUACGCUGCUGGAAGUGCUAACUUGCUCUUCCCGCUUCCUCGGGUGGGUGCUGAGAAACCUGUCCGCAUGCAGCUCUUCCUGAAUGGCGGAAGACUCCUGCCCCUUCAUGCUAUGGUCUCCACCCUUUCCGAACUGCAAAACGGCCUGCCCAGUGUUGCAGCUGGUGUGGGUAUCGUAUAUGCUCACCCGGUCGCCCGCUUCGAGCUGAACUUCUCGCUGCCUUUGGCCCUGCGGAAGGGCGAAGAAGGCCGAAAGGGUCUUCAAUUGGGUAUUGGCAUCAACUUCCUGUAG